UAGGCACCGUACCUCGCCUCAGAUAAAUGCCUCAUAGUCUGGUAUUUAAGUGGAGAAGGGUAUUUUGUCUUGUUUACACUCGAAAUUUACAUGAUUCUAAAUUGUGCUUCAGGUCGCGCCAUUAGUAGCAGGAAUGGCUAUAGCCGCUGCUGCAUAUGCUUCAAGGUAUGGAGUCCAGGCAUGGCAAGCAUUUAAGGCCAGACCUCCCACUGCGAGAAUGCGCAAGUUUUAUGAAGGAGGUUUUCAGCCUACAAUGAACAGAAGGGAAGCAGCUCUGAUUCUUGGAGUCAGGGAAAGCACUGAAGAAGAUAAAGUGAGGGAAGCUCAUAGGAAGGUGAUGGUAGCUAACCAUCCAGAUGCAGGAGGUAGUCACUACCUUGCUUCUAAAAUAAACGAGGCGAAAGACACUUUACUUGGACAGACGAAGAGCAAUGGAUCCGCGUUCUAGGCUACACGAAAUUUUUGCUGGUGCUUAGACAUUCCAAA